AUGUUCGCCACCCGCGCUUUCGCUCCUGUUGUUCGCCGCGCUGCCCCGCGCGCCAUCCGCAACUCCCGCGGCUACGCUGCCCCCGGCACCCCCGGCGGUGCCGUUCCCCCCCACUCGGCUCCCUCCGGAGCUCCCGGAGGUGGCCCCUCCGGCGGAAAGAAGGACAACACCCCCCUCAUCAUUGCCGGUGGUGUCGUCGCCGCUGCUGGCCUGUACUACUGGUACAAGUCUGGCGGCAAGCAGGAGAUCCAGCAGCACCGCGUGAACCAGGACAUCAAGGACGCGUACAAGGACGCGAAGCAGGUGGCCAAGGACGACGUGAGUUGGGCCGAGGGCAAGGUGCAGCAGGGCCUUGACCGGGUGAAGGACGCUGCGGGACGCGCGGGCUCGCAGGCGGCGCAGGGCGUCGAGGAGGCGAAGAGCAAGGCCGCCCAGGCGCACGCCGAUGCUCAGAAAGGCUGGAACGAGGCCAAGGCGAAUGCGUCGCAGGCGCGCGCCGACGCCGAGCAGGGCUGGAACAACGCAAAGGCCAAUGCCGAGUCGGGCUGGGACAAUGCCAAGGCCAACGCAAAGGCCAACGCGGACCAGGCCCGCGCCGACGCCGAGAAGGGGUGGAACACGGCUAAGGCCAACGUCCAGCAGGGAUGGGAGGACGCAAAGGCCAACGCGCACGCGGGCAUCGAGAACGCCCGCACAGCGGCUAAGCAGGGUAUCGACAACGCGAGCGCGAAGGCGCACGAGCUCGGAGACAAGGUCGAGGACAAGAUCUCUGGUGCUCGCAAGUGA